CGGAGCUGCGGUGGGUGGUGGGCCCGGCCGGAGCCUCAGGCGGCGGUGGGUGGUGGGCCCGGCUGGAGCUGCGGGCAGCGGUGGGUGGUGGGCCCGUCCGAAGCCGCGGGCGGCGGCGGUGGGCCCGUCCGGAGCUGCGGGCAACUCUUCUAGCGCAACUCUUCUAGCGCCCGUUAAGCAUCAAACUCCCUACUGCAUAACCCAUGAACAAUCUACCAAGUGGAAUAUGCAUGGUCAUCUCCCAGAAUGGCGUCAAUACUGUCCAGCCUCUGCAAGUUCUACCUGGUUCUAUACCUGGUUCUGUACCUGGUCCUAUGGAUUCCCAGUCACAGAGCUUACAGAACAGAUUCCUCAAGGGAGAGCCCAAAGCUCUGGGGGUUGUCCAAAUAAUGAUCGCCUUGAUGUCCAUUGUCUUUUGGACUAGUAUGUCUGCUGCCAGUCCUAAUACUCCAGUUUUGCUGCUAAUGUCAGCACCUUUAUUUUACCUCAUUUCUGGGUCAUGCUCAGUUGCAACUGCAAACAAAUUCACACCAAAGCGGGUGAAAUGCACCCUGGGAAUGAAUAUUGUCAGCUGUGCCGUUGCAGUGUUAGAGAUAAUUUUCAUAUUGUCAUCACAGCUGGACCGAAAUCAGAUUAUCAACCAUGCCUUUCUUUGGACAUUUAUAAGCUUCCUGAUCAUCUUUACUGUUCUGGAGUUCUCUAUUGCUUUGUCAACCUCCGUGUUUGGAUGCAAGGUCCUGUGCUGUGGCCCCACAGAGUAGGCUGGCUGCGCUUGAAGAAGGGCUGAACCCUGCUGGACCGGGCCCUUCUGCUCCUGCGUUACCGCUUCCUGAACCUGAGUCUCCAGUUCCGGAGUCGCCUUCACCAUUGCUACCUCCGCCUGCGGCACCAGUUGUUCAGCCUCCAGUGGAUACGGCUACUCCUUUGGCCCAGGGUGAGCCAGCAGCACCUACACCGCCCGGCGUCACCGGCCAGUGGCUUUGUCCCUGGCCGAUGCCUGCCAUGGGUGGAUGGGGCCCAGCUUCUUACUGGCCCCCAUAUACACAACCUUGGGUGGCGGGUUCCCCGCCGGUUUUUCCUGGAGUUAUUGCAGGCUUACAAGGCGCUGCGGAGCAGGUCUGGUUGGGCAACCGGCCCUCCAGCGGGUCGCUCCCACUCCCGGGGGUGGCCUCCUCUGCUGGAUCUGCCACGGGGGUGCAGGCGGGUUAUUAUCCGAUGGGGAUUCUGCCGUCACCUCAGCAUGCGCCCUAUGGUAGCAUGGGCCUCCCGUUAGGGGAUCACUUACUCCCUUCUACAAAAGAAAAAAUCCUUAAGGGUGAAUAUGUGGACAUUUUUAGCUUGUUGUUCAGGGAACCUGAGGUUAAGCAUAAAGAGGGGGAAUCUUGUAAGGAGCACGAAGCCACCAAGAGAAAGCCGGUCGAAAAGACUUGGAAUAAUUGGCUUUCUGGCUUCACGAUUUAUAUGGGGGUUAUUGUCCAAGCCCAGCCCGCAAGGGGCCCUGCCCUGUUAAAAUACAUGGAUAUAAUUCACAGGGCGGUCUCCGACUUUGCUGGAUCUUCCUGGGUACGGUACGAUGAGAGUUUUAGAAUGAGGGCUGCCCUUGACCCCACAUUGCCCUGGGAUGCUCCGUUGCAGGAGUUGUGGCUGGUUACUAUGUCUCCAGCCCGGCCCAUAGAGGGAGAUAGGUCUGACAGUGGGCAUUUGCUUUCUAAACCAUCGGGGGUUUUGCCCUCAGGGAGUCCUGGGCAACAGUGGGUUCAACCCCACCUUGUUUGCUGGGAGUUUAACUCCAAUGGCAAGUGCUCCCGUUCCCCUUGUCGGUUUAAGCAUGCCUGCGGGGUCUGUGGGGCGAGGCACCCCAGUUCCUCCUGCCCCAGGGCCAAGUUUGGGGGUUCCGGGGCUAAGUAUAGGCAGGGGAGCAGUAAAAAGGGUGGCCCUCCUCCACCCGCUCCGAAUAAAGGGUCCUAGCCCUAUCAAGGUGAAGGUGCUUGAGCAGCUGUUGCUGGACUAUCCUGACCAGUCAGCAGCUUCUUAUUUGUUAUGUGGCUUCCGGGAUGGUUUCAGAAUUCCCUCUUCGGCCCGUAGGGGAUUAGGCAGUUCUCGCAAUCUGAGAUCAGUGGUUGGUAAGGAGGAAGUUGUUGUUAGGAAAAUUGGUAAGGAGGUGGCUGCGGGCAGGGUGAUGGGGCCUUUUGCCAGUCUCCCCUUCCCCAGCCUUAGGGUCUCCCCAUUAGGGGUGGUCCCUAAAAAGGUUCCUGGUGAAUUUAGGUUGAUUCACCACCUUUCUCAUCCCAGGGGGUCCUCAGUAAAUGAUGGCAUCCCUGAUAGCUUAUGCUCUGUACGUUAUACCUCAUUUGAUGAGGCCGUGGAAGUGGUCAGGGGUAGGGGCCCCGGGGCCCUUUUGGCGAAGUGUGAUAUUGAAUCCGCCUUUCGCCUGUUGCCAGUACAUCCAAAUGACUUCGAGCUGCUGGGCUUUGCAUUUGCUGGCCAAUUUUAUUUUGAUAGGGCUUUGCCUAUGGGCUGCUCGAUUUCCUGCGCAGCAUUCGAAACAUUCAGCUCCUUUUUGGAGUGGGCAGUUAGGCGCCAGGCGGGUCUUCCCUACACGGCUCAUUUUUUAGAUGAUUUUCUUUUUACAGGCAGGGGGAAUUCGAGGGAGUGCCACCAUUUACUUCGCUCCUUCAUGGAGCUAACAGACCGGCUAGGUGUCCCUUUGGCACGGGAUAAGACGGAGGGGCCGGUCACGUGCCUCGCCUUUUUGGGGAUUGAGUUGGACACUGUUGCCGGUUGCUCCAGGCUGCCUCAGGCCAAGCUGCGGGUUUUAUUGGACAUGGUUAGGUCCCUUGGUCGCGCCCGUAAGGUCUCCCUUAGGGAUCUCCAGGUUGUUUUGGGUCACCUCAAUUUUGCCUGCAAAGUGGUGGCUCCGGGCCGGGCCUUUUUGCGCCGGUUAUGUGACCUGACUGUGGGCGUUAGGGCUCCCCAUCACAGAGUACGAAUUACGGAGGGUGCCCGGGCCGACCUGGCUCUUUGGGAAGCAUUUCUCACUGAUUUUAAUGGGGUGUCUUUCUGGCGGGAUGUUAGACUUCUGGAAACCGACCUGCAGGUCCACUCUGACGCUGCAGGUGGAAUAGGUUUCGGGGUUUAUUUCAGGGGACGUUGGUGUUCCGCCAGGUGGCCCGAGGACUGGUUCAGGCAGGGGGUUUCCCGGGACCUGACUUUCCUAGAGCUCUUUCCAAUUGUGGUGGCCGUGCAUAUUUGGUCCGCUGAGUUUGCCAACUCCUCAGUUGUGUUUUGGUGUGACAAUCUGGCAGUUGUCCAGAUUGUCAAUAGUCAGACUUCCCAGUCCCCGAGGGUCAUGGUUUUGGUUAGGGCAUUGGUAUUGCAGUGUCUGCGGGCUAACAUCCUUUUCCGGUCCCGCCAUGUUCCGGGUAUCCGGAAUGACAUAGCUGACGCUUUGUCUCGUUUUCAGUUAAACAGGUUCAGAGCGUUAGCGCCCGAGGCCGCCCUUCACCCGGAACCCAUGCCAGCUUUUCUGUGGGAACUUGGCAGGCGGAGGCACAGCGGGCCAUAGCGGCAUCUCUGGCGCCUAGCACCAGAGUGAGCUACACAGCCAAGCUUGAGGCUUUCUCUCUUUUUCGAAAGACUGAAGGUUUGGCGGAGGUGUGGCCGGUCCCUGUAGAGCAACUUCAGCAGUUUUUGGUCUUCCUCCGCAGGGCGGGGCGUGCGGUAUCCACUUUGGGGGGCUAUCUUGCCGCGUUAGCUUUUGAAGCCCAGGUUCGUGGGGUUGGUGAUUCCUCCACCGACCCGCGGGUGCGGCGCAUGUUGGAGGGUUGGGCUAGGGGGGAGCCUAGGACUAGGGACCCCAGACGCCCUUUUACUCUGGAGUUGGUGGCUUCAACGCUGGGCCAACUAGUGGGGUGCUGCUCUGGCCCAUGGGAGGUGUCGCUGUUUAGGGCUGCACUGUUGGUUGCCUUUUUUGGGGCCUUCCGUCCAGGGGAGUUGCUUCCCCGCAGCGGGUCUUCCCCCAGGGACCGCUGCUUGCAAUAUUCUGAUUUAUCUUUCGGUGACGGGGAGGUGCGUUUGCUCCUUCGUCGCUCCAAGACGGAUCAGAGGGGCAGAGGCCAGACGGUUCGCCUCGCGGCGGCCGGGAAUAUCAAUGUAUGCCCCGUGGUGGCCCUGAGGCAGUACGCUGGGCUGGGCCCCUUUUCGGGGGGAUGUCUUUUUACCCACAGCAAUCAGACUCCUCUGACGCAGUAUCAAUUCUUGGCGGUGGUGAGGAAGGCUCGGUUGGCCGCGGGGGUUGCGCUCCAGGGGCUUACUCUACAUUCAUUUCGUAUUGGUGCGGCCACCACCGCUACACGUAUGGGGCUUCAGGAGGUCGAAGUUCAGAGGAUUGGACGUUGGAGGUCCGUGGCGGUCAGGCGUUAUGUGCGCUGACAGCGGACAGGUGUGGGCUCUACUGACCUGUUGCUUUCUUUUGGCAGGUGCUGGCGGGGCGGCGGUCCCGGUCCGAGUCCUGAUGUGUGGCCAUUCGUUGGUCUUCUGGGCUUUCAAGCGGGCCAGCACCACCCGCUGGGGAUCCCAGUUGGGUUUAGGAAGCAAGGCUUCAGUUUAUUGGUUGGGCAUGAGGGGCAUGCUCUGGAAUCAGUUGCUUCCAGCAUUGAGGGAGCAUUUAGAUAGGUUUCCCAUUCCCGACAUCCUGGUUCUUCAUUUAGGGGAGAAUGAUUUGGGCCGGCGGCCUGGCCUCGCCAUCCUUCAGCAAGCCUCCUCGGAUUUGUCUAUUUUGCACAGCUGGAUGCCUGGCGUGCGCAUAAUAUGGGUUAAUUGGCUCCAGCGCAGGGUGUGGCGGGGUGCUCAUUCUUGCCUUAGCUUGGAAAAGGCACGCAGGAAGAUUUCAGCCGCAAUAGGUAAAUUGGUUUUGGCGGCCGGGGGGUCUGUGGUGCGGCAGCCAGAUAUAGCUGCUCGCUUUCCCGAGUUAUUCCGCCCUGACGGGGUCCACCUGUCUGAGAAAGGUUGUGAUUUGUAUCUGCAUAAUAUCCGGGAAGUGAUUGCUGAAGGUUUGGAGGGGGUGGGGCAGGAAGGUCAAGCGAGGGCUAACCUUCCUGGGUGGCGGUAACAGUGCGGGCUGUGGGUAAGGAGGUCUAGAUUUCGGUGAGCACCCUUGGACAUUUUAAGGUGGAUUGGUCAAUUGCUUCCUUGUGGCCUGUGCGGCACGGGAAGAAUUACAUUGCCAAGAAACCUGCUUCAGGACUUCACCUACCUUUGGGCUGUGCGGUCCGGGGAGGUAAAGAUCUGAAGCUGUCCAGAUCCCCUCUUCUAAAAGGGGUGGUUGGCUUUGAAGGAAUUGGACGGGAGCUACCUGCCUCUUUCCUGAGCCAGGGUGUGUCGCCCUUGCAGGCGAUGGGUAGGACGUUUUGAAUCCUAGCCCACGCCUAGGUGCCCGCACUGUUUUUAUGUUGGUGAUUAAUCACCUUGUUUCCAGUCCGCCACAAAUGUUGUUAUAUUAAUAAAGCGUGGCCCGUUUCUCCCAUUAAAAAAUGUCUCUGUGUCUUCUUGGGCUGGGGUCUGGGUACAAUCCCCCUCCCCUUGCCUCGUGCAAGUGGGAGGGUGUUUGUCCCAGCCCGGGACUCACGAGCCCAAGAAGGAGCCUGAUUGGUUGGCUGGCUCGUGGUGGGCGGGGCUUGCUGAGAGGCCGAGCGUUUCCCCGCUCUGGCCUCUCAGUCGGCUGUUUGUUUCCCCCUCCCUCCCUCCCUGUUGCAGAGCGGGUCUAGUGACUGGUCGCCUAUGGGCCGAGUAGGAAUUUUUUGCUCUCAACUUAUUGGCUGUUGUUGGGGGUUUUUUCGCCUACUCUGUUCUGCAGUCAGUUGGUAGUUAGGUUCUAGGUUGGCCACGUUGGCGGUAACAGUGCGGGCUGUGGGUAAGGAGGUCUAGAUUUCGGUGAGCACCCUUGGACAUUUUAAGGUGGAUUGGUCAAUUGCUUCCUUGUGGCCUGUGCGGCACGGGAAGAAUUACAUUGCCAAGAAACCUGCUUCAGGACUUCACCUACCUUUGGGCUGUGCGGUCCGGGGAGGUAAAGAUCUGAAGCUGUCCAGAUCCCCUCUUCUAAAAGGGGUGGUUGGCUUUGAAGGAAUUGGGCGGGAGCUACCUGCCUCUUUCCUGAGCCAGGGUGUGUCGCCCUUGCAGGCGAUGGGUAGGACGUUUUGAAUCCUAGCCCACGCCUAGGUGCCCGCACUGUUUUUAUGUUGGUGAUUAAUCACCUUGUUUCCAGUCCGCCACAAAUGUUGUUAUAUUAAUAAAGCGUGGCCCGUUUCUCCCAUU